GUGUUUUCGCCUCAGUCCCCAGCCGGCCCUGGAUGUGACAGGAGGCAGCUGCCAGCCACCAACUCCAAAGCCCCAUAGCUCACUGGUGAGCCCUCCGGCUCCCAGGCCCAGGGGGGCCACCAUGGCCUACCGCUCCUGCGUCGUUGGCUUCAGCAGCCUCAGUGGCUGCGAGAUGACCCCUGCGGGCAGUCCCCAGCCUGGGACCUCAGGAUGGGGCAGCUGUGGGCUCCCUGGGCCUGGCUUCAGCUCUCGAAGCCUCACAAGCUGUAGGCCAGCUGGCAUCAUCCCCAAGGUGACUGUGAACCCUAGCCUGCUGGUGCCUCUGGACCUCAAGGUGGAUCCAGCUGUUCAACAGCAGAAGAACCAAGAGAAGGAGGAGAUGAAGGUCCUCAAUGAUAAAUUUGCCUCCCUCAUUGGCAAGGUCCAAGCUCUGGAGCAACGCAACCAACUGCUGGAGACCCGAUGGAGCUUCCUGCAGGGCCAGGGAUCAGCCACCUUCGACCUCAGCCACCACUAUGAGACAUUCCAGGGCCGGCUGGAGGAGGAGCUGCGCAAAGUGAGCCAGGAGCGGGGACAGCUGGAGGCCAACCUGUUGCAGGUGUUAGAGAAGGUGGAGGAGUUUCGAGUCAGGUAUGAAGAUGAGAUCUCCAAGCGCACAGAUCUGGAGUUUACCUUUGUCCAGCUGAAGAAGGACCUGGAUGCUGAGUGUCUCCGAAGAACUGAACUGGAAACCAAACUCAAGGGCCUUCAGGGCUUUGUAGAGCUGAUGAGAACAGUCUAUGAGCAGGAGCUGAAAGACCUUACAGCCCAAGUGAAAGACGUGUCAGUGACCGUGGGCCUGGACAGCCGCUGCCACAUCGACCUGAGCGGCAUCGUGGAGGAAGUGAAGGCCCAGUACGAUGCCAUUGCUGCUCGAAGCCUGGAGGAGGCUGAAGCCUAUUCACGGAGCCAGCUUGAGGAGAGAGCUGCCCGCUCGGCGGAGUUCGGGAACAGCCUCCACAGCAGCCGCUGUGAGAUCGCGGACCUCAACGUGCGCAUCCAGAAGCUGCGGUCUCAGAUCGUCUCCGUCAAGAGCCAUUGUCUGAAACUGGAGGAGAACAUCAAGAUGGCUGAGGAGCAAGGAGAGCUGGCCUUCCAGGACGCCAAGGACAAGUUGGCCCAGCUGGAGGGUGCCCUGCAGAAGGCCAAGCAGGACAUGGCCCGGCAGCUACGAGAAUACCAGGGCCUCAUGAACACCAAGCUGGCUCUGGACAUAGAGAUCGCCACCUACCACAAGCUGAUGGAAGGAGAAGAAAGCCGGAUGGACCUGCCUUCUGCCACCGUGGUCAGUGCCGUGCAAUCCCAAUGCAGAACCACUGCCUCCAAGUCUGGCCUCUCCAAGACCCCCUCCAGGAAAAAGAAAAACCGCAGAGGCCCAGUGAUCAAGAUCACUGAGAUGUCAGAGAAGUACCUCUCCCAGGAGUCAGAGGCCUCUGAGUAAGACAGCAACCCCAGGAAGAGCCUCAGGUCACCUCCACUGCAGCUAAGCUCAAGAGCAUAGCCUGGAGCCUCCAGGUUGGGAGGAGAAGUGAGUUCCAGCCGAGACUCGGUUCCUCUGGACGGUCAGGGAAGGCAGAGAGAACUGGCAUAUCUGUUCUUCAUCCAUGUCUCCUUUGCCACCUCCAGCCUCCUGGCUGCAGCUUGUCCUGACGGGCAAAGGGGAGUCUGGGGCCUGCCACCUCUCUGCUCCUCUGAAGCUCCUCUUCCCACAGAGCUCUGACAAGGUGCUUGACUUCUGCCCACUGCUUGCCCUGACUUCUGCCUCAGCCUUGCCUUGCCUCUGCCUCAAACCUGAGGCUGGCAUCCUCACCCAUAGCCAGGACAUAAACUGGGCUGAAGGGUACACUUGGAUUUUGUCUUCUAGGUGGUGUUGAACACCUGGGCCUGAGGGCUGAGGGCCCCUAGAUUCCCUGCCUUUAGGCUUCCCAGACACCUGACAGUACUGGGGGACGAAGGAAAGAAAGGCCUGAUGUGUUAGACAAAAGCCUGAGCCCCAGAGUGGCCCAGACGCCUGCGUGUACCCCCUUCUGGGACUAAGAUGUCCCAACUGACUUCAAAGCUAUUCUGGCCAAGGCCAACGCCCUAGAAGCAGAAGCCAGAGAUAAAGAGUCUGACACCAGGCUUUGCCUUCACCUCCCUGCCAUUCUGGGUUGGACCACCAUCCUGAAAUCUGGGCUCUGGUUCCAGCCCAGGUCUCUCUACCCUCAACACUUGUCCUUUGAACAGCAGGCACUAGAGCCCUGCCUGCCAGAAAUGCCCAUCCCCUACCCAUGUCACUUCCUAGGGCCUCUGUUCUAUCCCCUAAGACAUUCCACUCAGUGGGCCAAUUCCCUCCCUCCUCCCCUCCCUUCCUCCAAGUGUAUUUCCCCUGACUCUGGUGGGCCAUGAAGAAGGCUAAGCCUGGAAAGAUCUGGAAGUUUCUUAGACAUAAAUUUGGCCCAGGAAGCCCCAAUAAGGGCCUUCAAAGGACUUAACCCACGAGAGCCAUUCUGCAUCCAUCAAGGGUGUCUGUGUGUUCCAGCCCUGGCUCUCACCUCUGGGGCUCAGCAGUGCCAGCCUUCCCAUGCCACCAGCCUUCUUCUCAACUCCCUUUAUUCCCAGGACCCAUGUCCUGGCUCCUGGCUCCUGGCUCCUGGCUCACCUCCUCUCCUAACCCAAGUCUUCCAUCCUUGCAUCUCAUUCUCCCAGACCAGGUAUCCUCAAAGCCCCUGGCCCUCCAGGCCUGCAGGGAGUGUUGAUAGGCUGCCAGCUCCUCCAGGCCAAAGGAGCCCAGCAAUAUGCUUAACCCUAGAGUCCCCAAAGCGGGUGCUCAUUGCUGCUUUCUCUCGGGCUAUUUAUCCGUUUCCAAGGGAGCAGUCCUCAGUGGGACAUGAUAUAUAGAACAUAUAUAUUAUUUUUUCAUAACUUAUGUGGCUUUUAACUUAUUGCUUCCCUUCCUGUUUCUGCAUGAUAAGUGCUGAGCAUACUAUCAGAUUUUAGAGAAUUCAUUCCAGCCACCUACUUGACUGGCUGACUCGGGCAAGGGGUGAAUAAAGUACUGAGAUUCAUCCACGGA